AUGCGGGGGGAGACCUUUGACAAGCCGCUGACUUCCUGUCUUCGAGCAAACAGAACUGCUAAUGUUAGUGGCCCUCAGAUAGUGGCUCUGGUGCUCAGUGUGGCGGCGGUGGUGACGGCUCGAGCGGCCCCUCAGGGAUAUGGAGUCCCAGGGACUGGCGGGUCCGGGGGCCAGUACUCCUCUGCCCCAGCCAACUACAACUUCCAGUGGGACGUUGACGACGCUGCCUCAGGCAACUUCUACGGCCACGGGGAACAAGCAACCGACGGCAACGUCCAGGGCAGUUACUACGUACAGCUGCCGGAUACGCGCCGCCAGCUGGUGGAGUACACCGCUGACGACUCCGGCUACCACCCCGUCGUCACCUACGAAGGUCAGGCCCAGUUUGGUGGCAGCGGCGGCGGCAAGGGGUCUUCUGGAUCAGGUGGAGGCUACUCCUACAGUGGUGGCAGCGGCGGCGGCAGCAGCGGCGGUGGCGGCCAGGGUACUUCUGCACCAGCUGGAGGCUACUACCCCUAGCCAGUAGCUCUUAUGUUUAACCUUUGAGAUGUUCAUUAUUUUUGAUAAAUAAUUUAUAGUGAACAUAUUAUGGAACAGAGUCAAAUACAUUAUGUUUAAGCCCAACU